AUGCAACGUCAGGGAUUGAAACCAGCCAUUGGCAUUGUUGUUGGUGCUCUCAAGAGUGGAAAUGGUGAAAUGGCUCUACAGUUGUUUGCUCCUCUGGGAGACGAAGGGUACAAACCGGAUCGAGUAUCAGUUCUUGGUGCUCUCAAGGCUUGUUCCAGCUUGAUAGAGAAGGAUUCCGGGCAGGCUUUGGAUGGUCAACGGGUGGUAUUCUUAGAGAGGAGCAGGGAGAUUCACAGGAAAGCAGUAAAACUUGGCUUAGACUCGGAUCUCUUCGUCGCGAGCACCUUGAUUGAUCUUUACGCAAAAUGUGGGAGCUUGACAGAGGCUCGUCGAGUUUUCGAAGGAAUGAGCCAUCGUAGUGUGGUGACAUGGAACUGCAUGAUUCUCGGAAGCAUAGCGCAGGUUUUCGAUGGCGAAUUUGGGAAUGACUAUAGGAGAAAAAUUCUUCCUUCUUACAAGGCUGGAAGGAGGAAAUUCAAGCCUCUAGAUCCGAGCUUCAAAUGGACAAGGGGUUUAGAGGCGAGUUUCUCUCGUUUCCAAUGCUUUCUUCGACGUAUGUCCUCGAUCUUUCAUUUCGGACGACGUCGUUACGACACUAGCUCGGCAAGUUACAGACAGGAGUUUGAAAACAGACAGGAGUUUGAAAGCAGUCUUGCAUCCCCGGAUAAAGAUUUCAAGCAGCUCGUUUCGGAAAACGUUGAGCUGCUGAUUCCAUUUGCGGAUCUACGGAGGUGGUCGUUUCACACUGUCAAGGAUUACGUUGAACAACACAAACGCGAGCCUGGGAUUGAAUUGGGACUUCGAUGCUUGCUAGGGGAUGCUGCUGAUGGUGGUCCCGGUGUGCCUGGUUUUGGACGGAAGACAGCUCUGAAACUUAUGAGGAAGCACGGCUCGCUAGAAAAUAUAUUAAGUGCAGCGGCAAUUCGAGCGGUUGGGAAGCCAUACAUACAAGAUGCUCUCAAAGAGCAUUCCGUGUUGCUUGAGAAAAACAUGGAAGUUUUGUCCUUACGCAGAGAUAUUAACGUAGAGCUACCAGUUGAGUGGUGCAGGGAUAAGUCAAACGAUCUUGCUGCAUUGCAGUGGCUGGAGAAAGAACUUGAAAUGCUGCAUCGUGUCUAAAGAGAGAGAUAUUGACGUAGAGCUGGUGCUUGUCGAGGGAUAAGUCAAGCGAUCUUGCUGCAUUCCAAUGGCUGGAGAAGGAACUUGAAACGUUGCAGGUUUUUUAGCAGCGGCAAACUGGUCAGGCUCGAGGUUGGUCCCAUUUGUAUCUUAUGCCACAGAAGAAAACGCAGAAAAAACCAAGAGCUUGAUAGAGAGGAUUCCGGGCAGGCUUUAGAUGGUCGAUGGCUGGAUACAGAGGCAUCGGUGGGAAGUUCUCUCGCUCAAAACGAGGCGCUCAAAGAGCGUGGCCUUGCAAGGCGGACGCGUUGGUGUAUUCUUAAGUUCGUGCCUCAAGUGGAGAGAUGUGGAGCUUGGCUGGAUGGCCUUCAAGUCGGUUCUCAAGCUCGACGACGGAACAGGCUCUGCGUACUCUCUCACGUCCAACAUCUAUGCCCGAGGAAGGCAUGGGGACUCAAGAGAAACGAGCAGAACACAAGCAAGAACAGCGAAGAACAAGGAUAAAGCAAGGAGAGGGGAAGCGGUUUAAAGGAAGGAGAGCGCUUGAACGUGGAUGAUGGUGUGCUUUGGAUCAACGUAGCCAGUGGAAGUUAGGAAAAUGGAAGAACGAGGUAAAAACAUUGACAGCAAAAGAAAUGAUCCUGUGAUCUCCAGGUUUGCGGACACUGGAAACACUCGGUCUCGGUGAUGAGGUUACUUUUUGGCGCAACAAGGACAUCGAUGUUCACUUGGUUGCUAACAAGAGGAUGUUCUCGAGCUCAAAGGGUUGAACACGUAACAAAUAAAAGGGAAAGAGUUGACGGCUUAUAAAUUCCCACA